CAGACAUUGAACGUAGCACCUAUGUGCCUCACAUGCUACCAAUACAUUGCUCGGCUUUUGGCUAGUUUGUUCACAGCAUGUGAAGACAGCGUGGCAGCAUGUCGGAAUAAGGAUAGAUUAACAAUUUAAUUAAUUGUGCGAAAGGUUGUGUAACAAUAGCUAUCAAAAUGGUGAAGGAACAAUUCAGAGAGACAGAUGUGGCGAAGAAAAUAAGCCACAUCUGCUUUGGGAUGAAAUCUGCAGAACAGAUGCGAAAGCAGGCCCACAUCCAGGUGGUCAGUAAAAAUCUGUACAGCCAAGAUAACAAACGCACUCCUUUGCCUUAUGGAGUGUUGGAUCACCGAAUGGGAACCAGUGAGAAAGACAGACCAUGUCUGACAUGUGGGAAAAAUCUGGCCGAUUGUUUAGGACAUUACGGCUACCUGGAUUUGGAGCUGCCCUGCUUUCAUGUCGGCUACUUCAAAGCAAUUAUUGGGAUUUUGCAGAUGAUCUGCAAGACAUGUUCGAGUAUAAUCCUGACCAAAGAGGACAAACAGCAGUUCAUGGAUUACUUGAAACGGCCAAACUUGGCCUACCUGCAGAAACGAGGGCUGAAGAAGAAGAUCUCUGACAAAUGCCGCAAAAGGACAAUUUGCUUGAACUGCGGCGCUUUCAAUGGAUCUGUGAAAAAGUGUGGCUUGCUUAAGAUCAUCCACGAGAAGUAUAAAACAACCAAAAAGGUGGUGGAGCCCUUCGUGUCUGAUUUUCUGCAGUCCUUUGAUAUUGCCAUUGAGCACAACAAACUAAUGGAGCCUUUAUUGCCCAGAGCACAGGAAAAUUUGAACCCUCUGGUGGUUCUCAAUCUGUUUCGGAGAAUUCCUGCAGAAGACAUCCCUCUGCUGUUGAUGAACCCAGAGGCGGGGAAACCCGCAGAUCUCAUUAUCACACGUCUGCUUGUGCCGCCUCUCUGCAUCCGACCGUCAGUGGUCAGCGAUCUGAAGUCGGGCACCAAUGAGGACGAUCUCACCAUGAAGCUGACGGAGAUAAUCUUCCUAAAUGAUGUCAUCAAAAAGCAUCGAAUGACUGGAGCAAAAACCCAGAUGAUAAUGGAGGACUGGGACUUCCUGCAGCUGCAGUGUGCCCUUUACAUCAACAGUGAACUUUCUGGCAUUCCCCUCAACAUGGCACCUAAAAAGUGGACCAGAGGCUUUGUGCAAAGACUAAAGGGAAAACAAGGUCGAUUCAGAGGAAACCUCUCAGGAAAAAGAGUGGACUUCUCUGGAAGAACUGUCAUUUCCCCUGACCCAAACCUAAGGAUUGAUGAGGUUGCUGUCCCUGUUCACGUGGCUAAAAUCCUGACAUAUCCAGAGAAGGUAAACAAAGCCAAUCUGGAACUAAUGAGGAAACUCGUUCGUAACGGCCCAGACGUUCACCCCGGAGCCAACUUUAUCCAGACUCGUCACACACAGAUAAAAAGAUUUUUGAAAUACGGGAACCGUGAAAAGAUAGCUCAGGAGCUGAGGUUUGGUGACGUGGUGGAAAGACAUCUGAUUGAUGGAGACAUCGUCCUCUUCAAUCGACAGCCUUCUCUGCACAAACUCAGUAUCAUGGCUCACAUAGCUAAAGUCAAACCCCACAGGACGUUUCGGUUUAACGAGUGCGUGUGCACGCCGUACAAUGCCGACUUUGACGGCGAUGAAAUGAAUCUCCACCUGCCUCAGACUGAAGAAGCCAAAGCCGAAGCCCUGGUCCUGAUGGGGACUAAAGCUAACCUUGUUACUCCAAGAAAUGGCGAGCCUCUGAUUGCUGCUAUUCAGGACUUCCUGACAGGUGCGUACCUGUUGACGCUGAAGGACACCUUUUUCGAUAGGUCGAAAGCCUGCCAGAUCGUUGCGUCAAUACUUGUGGGGAAGGAUGAAAAAAUCAGGAUCUCCCUCCCUCGCCCUGCUAUAAUAAAGCCAAUUGCUUUGUGGACAGGUAAACAGAUCUUCAGUGUCAUUUUGAAGCCAAGUAAAGAUUGCCUUGUCAAUGCAAACUUGCGGACCAAAGGCAAACAGUACUGCGGCAAAGGAGAGGAUCUCUGCCACAACGACUCGUUUGUGGUGAUUCACAACAGUGAGCUGAUGUGUGGAAGCAUGGAUAAGGGCACCCUGGGGUCCGGCUCAAAGAACAACAUUUUCUACAUCUUGCUAAGAGACUGGGGACAGCUGGAGGCUGCCAACGCCAUGUCCCGCCUGGCACGACUCGCUCCGGUCUAUCUCUCCAACAGAGGCUUCUCUAUAGGAAUCGGUGACGUGACUCCCGGGACGGGUUUGUUGAAGGCCAAACAGGACCUGCUGGACGACGGCUACAAGAAGUGUGAUGAAUACAUCGAAGCUCUGCAGACGGGCAAGCUGCAGCAGCAGCCCGGGUGCUCGGCAGAGGAGACCCUGGAGGCUCUCAUCUUGAGAGAGCUUUCUGUGAUCAGAGAUCGAGCUGGCAGUGCUUGUCUGAGGGAGCUUGAUAAGAGUAACAGCCCCCUCAUUAUGGCUCUCUGUGGCUCCAAAGGGUCCUUCAUUAACAUCUCCCAGAUGAUCGCCUGUGUGGGUCAGCAGGCUAUAAGUGGCUCUCGAGUCCCGGAUGGUUUUGAAAACCGCUCCUUGCCUCACUUUGAAAAACACUCAAAACUGCCUGCUGCCAAGGGUUUUGUGGCCGACAGCUUCUAUUCUGGUCUGACGCCCACCGAGUUCUUCUUUCACACCAUGGCCGGUCGAGAGGGUCUGGUGGAUACUGCUGUCAAAACGGCAGAGACUGGAUACAUGCAGAGGCGUCUGGUGAAGUCUCUCGAGGAUCUGUGCUCUCAGUAUGACCUGACGGUGCGCAGCUCCACGGGUGACAUCAUCCAAUUUAUUUAUGGGGGCGAUGGCCUGGAUCCGGCUGCCAUGGAAGGAAAGGAUGAGCCGCUGGAGUUCAAGAGAGUUCUGGACAAUAUUAGGGCGGUCUACACUUGCCCAAAUGAGCCGGCCCUCAGUCAGAACGAGCUCGUCCUCACUGCUGAUGGCAUCAUGAAAAAGGCGGACUUUUUGUGCUGCAGAGACAGCUUCUUGGAGGAAUUAACAGAGACUGGUGCAGAGAAGUACCUGGAGGAGAUAAAGAAAUUUAUAAAGACCAUGUCAGAGAGGAUCAAGAAGACCAGAGACAAGUACGGCAUCAAUGAUAACGGGACUACUGAGCCAAAGGUUCUUUAUCAGUUGGACCGUAUUACCCCAACCCAACUAGAGAAGUUCUUAGGAAUCUGCAGAGACAAGUAUAUGAGAGCUCAGAUGGAACCAGGUUCAGCGGUUGGAGCUCUCUGCGCCCAGAGCAUCGGAGAGCCAGGCACUCAAAUGACACUGAAAACCUUUCACUUCGCUGGCGUGGCGUCGAUGAAUAUCACUCUGGGGGUGCCUCGCAUCAAAGAAAUUAUUAACGCUUCCAAGAAUAUAAGCACCCCUAUAAUCACGGCUCACUUGGACGUGGAAGACGACGCAGACUUUGCCCGGCUGGUGAAGGGGAGAAUUGAGAAAACGCUUCUGGGAGAGAUUUCAGAGUACAUUGAAGAGGUUUUCCUCCCGGAUGACUGCUUCAUCCUGGUGAAGCUGUCUCUGGAGAGAAUAAGGCUGCUCCGGUUGGAGGUGAAUGCGGAAACGGUGCGGUACUCGAUAUGCAUGUCGAAGCUGCGAGUGAAGCCCAGCGACAUCGUCGUGCACGGUGAGGCGGUGGUCUGCGUGUCGCCACGGGAGAACAACAAAAGCUCCAUGUAUUACGUUCUGCAGUCAUUAAAAGAAGAACUUCCAAAGGUGGUGGUUCAGGGGAUACCUGAAGUUUCCCGAGCCGUCAUUCACAUCGACGAACAAAGCGGAAAGAACAAAUACAAACUCCUGGUUGAAGGCGACAACAUGAGAGCUGUCAUGGCAACGCAUGGUGUCAACGGGAGCCGGACCACCUCGAACAACACAUAUGAGGUUGAAAGGACUUUGGGUAUUGAGGCUGCAAGAUCCACCAUCAUUAAUGAGAUUCAGUACACCAUGGUGAACCACGGCAUGAGCAUCGAUCGCCGUCACGUCAUGCUUCUGGCAGAUCUCAUGUCCUACAAGGGGGAGAUCCUGGGAAUCACCAGGUUUGGACUAGCCAAAAUGAAGGAGAGUGUCCUCAUGCUGGCCUCGUUUGAGAAAACGGCCGACCACCUCUUUGACGCCGCCUACUUCGGACAAAAAGACUCUGUUUGUGGCGUGUCGGAGUGCAUCAUUAUGGGAAUUCCAAUGAAUAUCGGAACGGGACUGUUUAAACUCCUACACAAGGCUGACAAGGAUCCCACUCCCGUCACCAGGCCGCUCCUCUUUGACAACGCAGACUUUCAUAUACCUCUGUUCACGUAGCAACAACAAAAGAAACAGCACGAAAGUUUGAAGCUUAGGUAUUCAUACCGUCUCCAGAGAGACCGUAUGAAUACCUUACUAAGUGCCUGCUGAGUUCAAUUUCUUUUUUUUUUUUUUAAGGUUCUGACAAAUAAUAUUCUUUUUUAGGCAUCAGGUUGCUGCCUGGUGUCACCACUGUAAAACAGCUGCUUUUCAAACUUGUCAGCAAGUGAUAAAUGGUAAUAUUUUCUAUUUUUAUUUUUGAUCUACGAAACAAAUAGAAAAGCAGUUUUUCCCCUUUUUUCUGCUAAAUAAUGUUUCUUUUAUUACAUAACUAUGUUCUCAGAGUGUGGAGACAAACCUCUGAAUUAUUUAUGACAGAAUUGCAUUGGAAAGACGGUGUAGCAGUUUGAGUUGUUACCUCUCUAAUUAUGAAGAAACAAAAUGUCGCAUUUGAGUUCAGUUUUCUCCGUUUAAAUUCUCAAAUCUCACUGCAGCUUUUAUUUGACUGUUUAUUUUGUCUCAAGCUACUGAAAAGUAUGUACAUGUAUGGAGAAAAGGCCAACAAUAAUCAUAAUAAAUACAAGAUUCUAAAAUUAAAGAGGAAAAAAUUGUU